CUCUUCAUGUCUCUCCCUCUCUCUUUCUUUUUUCUCCGUUGAUUGUCUGAAGGAAUUUUGACAUUCCAGAGCGCGGCACAGACACAUAAGGAAGAGAUUUUUUUAAGAAGAGGAAAACAUUUCAAGCUUCUGAGAGGCACAGUCAGAGCCUGUGACACACUUAGCGCGAUUCACCCUUCGCAGUUAUGACGUUACCUCCUUCCUCAGUUUAAGGACUAUAAAGGUUUUGCUGCUAGUGACGAGCAGCUCAGAGCUCACUCCAAGUAAACACUUGCUAAAGAAGAUGCACAGCUUUACCUUUUCUCACGUUUUUUUGCCUCUAUUACUUCAUUGAUUUUACGCAAUUUAAAGGAGGAUUUUCUCUUGUUUAGUCCAAUGGUUUAUUAGCUGUUGCCAAAAAAAGGAAUCACAACGUUUUCGCAUCCUAUCUUAAGAAGAUUUGUCUACCCACCUGUUCAUCUGGAGGCUCCAAUAUUAUACUUUUCAUGUAUCAGAUGGCACUACAAUGUCUUAAACGGGACUGAUAUUAGGACAUAGUUGAUUUUUCAAGCUAUAUCAUAAGGUAUACUUAACCCUUUAAAACCUCCCUCUGAAAAAUGGAAAACCGGAUUAUAUAAUUUCCCUGGAUAUGUUUAUUUUUCAUUCAAUAGAAGAAUUAUUGUCAUUUAACGACGAACAGGUCUUCACGUCUGCAGAUUGAAACUUUAUUAUUAACGGGAAAAUUUAUAUAAAUAAAGCCUUGGAAGACUGGCAAUUUGAAUUUGGACUAAAGUUCCAAUCAUGCAAAGAUUGUACAGCAUCAUGCGCUUUAUAGCAGUGAUGUUAACGGUUACCUGUAUAAUUGGAUUGGUUAAUUGUGGGCAUCCAAUUCUAAAUCUGAGCCCUGAAAAAGAAGAGCUUGUUGUUGAGAAAGGGGAGAAUGUAACUCUGAUCUGCAGUGGUUCUUCUGAAGUAAAGUUUUCAUGGCCCUUGAUUCAAGAUGAUCAGGAGAAAAGAAAACCAAGAAUCAGCAAAUGUGAUAAAGUAGAGCACUGUGUCAAGCUGGUGAUUAGGAAAGCUCAUUACAGAGACACAGGAUAUUAUUCCUGUGGUUUUAAAAGUGACAUAAACCAUCCAGUCAAAAAACUAUAUCUGUAUGUGAAAGAUGAUCAGAAUCCUUUUGUGGAUCCUCCUACAGAGAUACCUAGAAUAGUGGAAACAUAUUCGCCUGAAGAAAACAUAGUCAUUCCAUGCCGAGUCACUUCACCAGAUUUCAAUGUCAAUUUAGAAGUAUUUCCAAGUAUCUAUACGGAAAGCCUAAACAGUACAUGGGACCCUAAAGUUGGAUUUACUGUCAAAAGACUUCAGGUGGCAUAUUACAUAUGUAAAGUCAAUAUGAAUGGGAAGAAAACAUCUGUAUAUUAUGUGGAGCAAAGAUUGGAAAUUCUCCUGAAAAAUGUCCAUAUAAAAGGUGAAGAUCGUGUGAAACUGAUUGCAGGUGACAAAUUGUCACUUACAUGUUCAGCGCAAACAUCAUACAAUGGGAGAAUAUCAUUUGAAUGGGACUACCCAGGAAAAUAUGUAACUCAGUCUCAUAAAAGUGACAGAAAACAUGCAGCCCACGUUUUUUCCAACACACUUACUUUGUUUAAUGUGACUAAAGCAAACAAAGGAAACUACAAAUGCACGGCGAUGACCAAUCACAGCUCAUCUGCCAAUGUGAAAGUCAUUGUUUUUGAUCAUGCCUAUUUGAACAUCACACAUAAAAAUGCUUCAGUUGUUUAUGCCAAGGAAGAUCAGAAGAAUGUACGUCUUUCUGUGAAAUUUUCUGCUUUCCCAGAGCCGGAUGUUGCCUGGUUUAGAAAUGGUAAACAAAUAACAAAAAAUGACAGCUGCUACACUUCAGACAAACAUGCCCUGGUUAUUAAUCAUGUUCAGGAAAAGGAUGCUGGUGACUAUAGCGUAUUAUUGAGUACUGCCAAUCACGGAUUAUUCCAGAAUGUCACCUUGAAGUUAGUUGUCAAAGUGAAACCUCACAUGCAUACAGAUGAGUUGGGCUUUAAAAAUUGCCAUACACAUCAGUUAAAUAGCGAACAGAGCCUCACCUGCAUUGCAUCUGGCAUCCCAACUCCAAAAAUUGAAUGGAGAUUUUAUGCUUGCCUUAAUGAAUGCUUUAAUACCAGGUGCAAGGAAUCAGUAGCUAAUAUGAGUUUUACAUCAGUGAUUCAAAGUACAGAGUUUGAUCCAGAAAUCAACAGAAAUAAGAUAAUUAGCACCCUGACAAUUACUAAGUCGAAUGUGUCUGGAAUUUACAAGUGUUUGGCAUAUAAUGAGAUCGGCCAUACCAUACAAAAGAUUCCAGUGUAUGUCACAGAGAGAAAGAAACAUUUUGAAGUCGAAUCUCCAGAAGCAGUAGAAGGAGACAACCUCCUACUUACCUGCAAAGCCACAAGGUACAUGUUUGCUAAUGUGACAUGGAACUAUCUCGGAAGCGACAUGGCACAUGUAGCCGCUGUUACUGAAGAGUGUAGUAACUACAUCAUCAGCACUUCACUACUGCUCAAGAACAUAUCGAUGAAGGAAAAGGACAACUAUCAGUGCUUGGCAUACAACCUGCACACUGAGGCUCUGGUCUACAAGAAUGUCACGCUAAGUGUCAAAAUUAGACAACGCCCCCACUUACAGCAGAAUCUCACCAAUCAGGAUGUGAACAGCAGCACCACCCUUACGCUGGGGUGCCAUGCCGAGGGUGUGCCCACUCCCGAAAUUACCUGGUACAAAAAUGGCCAGCAAGUUUUUCCUGCUCCCGGAGUUACCUUUGGUCCUAAUGGUUCAUUAAUCAUUGAGCGGGUCAAAAAGGAUGAUGAAGGCCUGUAUGAAUGCAUGGCAAGCAACAAUGAAGGAAAAGUGAAAACAUCUGCUGUCAUCACUGUGCUGGACUCAGAAGAAAAGUCCAACUGGGAAGUAAUCAUACUGGUCUGUACUGGAGUGGUAGCGACACUUUUCUGGCUAUUACUCACUCUGUUUAUUCGAAAAAUGAAAAAGCCCAGCUCUGCAGAUAUAAAAACUGGCUACCUGUCAAUAAUCAUGGACCCAGAUGAAGUUCCAAUUGAUGAGCAGUGCGACCGUUUACCGUAUGACAGCAGCAAAUGGGAAUUUCCAAGGGACAGGCUGAGGCUGGGCAAGACUCUGGGCCAUGGAGCCUUUGGGAAAGUGGUGGAGGCCUCGGCGUUUGGAAUCGAUAAACUGUCGACCUGCAAGACAGUGGCUGUAAAAAUGUUGAAAGAGGGAGCUACUGCCAAUGAGUGCAAAGCUCUGAUGUCAGAACUGAAGAUCCUGAUUCACAUUGGGCACCAUCUAAAUGUUGUCAACCUUUUGGGAGCAUGUACCAAACCUGGAGGGCCCUUGAUGAUGAUAGUUGAAUUCUGCAAGUAUGGGAACUUGUCAAAUUACCUGCGUGGCAAAAGAAGUGAUUUUAUUACAUUUAAGAGCCAGGAGAAUUCUGUACAAGCUGGAAGUGGCCAUUCCAUUUCUGAUCUGUCAGAUCUGAUGAAGAGGAGGCUGGAAAGUGUGGCAAGCACAGGAAGCUCUGCUAGCUCAGGGUUUGUAGAAGAUAAGAGCUACUGUGAUUCAGAGGAAGAAGAGGAAGAUCCUGAAGACUUGUAUAAGCGGAUUCUGACAAUGGAAGACCUGAUCUGUUACAGUUUUCAGGUGGCAAAGGGUAUGGAAUUCCUGGCUUCCCGCAGAUGUAUCCAUCGAGAUUUGGCAGCAAGAAAUAUCCUUUUGUCUGAAAACAAUGUUGUAAAGAUAUGUGACUUUGGACUUGCCAGAGAUAUUUACAAAGAUCCAGAUUAUGUUCGCAAAGGAGAUGCCAGACUUCCCCUCAAGUGGAUGUCCCCUGAAGCUAUUUUUGAUAAGAUAUACACAACGCAGAGUGAUGUCUGGUCUUUUGGAGUGCUGAUGUGGGAAAUAUUUUCUUUAGGUGCCUCUCCUUAUCCAGGACUCCAAAUUGAUGAAGAAUUCUGUUGCAAAUUAAAGGAAGGAACGCGAAUGAGACCUCCAGAAUACGCCUCUGCAGAAAUAUAUCAGACAAUGUUAGACUGCUGGGAAGGAGACCCUGUGAAACGACCGAAUUUCAUAGAACUGGUAGAAAGGCUGGGAGACCUUCUACAGGCAAAUGUUCAGCAGGAUGGCAAGCAUUACAUUCCCAUAAAUACUGUACUGCUGUCCAAAGAAGAUGAAACGUCAAGCACCUCCACAGAGGAGGAGACCUCAGGCACAUCUGCAAGUCAUAGACUCUCAGGAGGAACCUGGAAUGCAAAGAACCGGCCUGUCAGCGUGAAAACAUUUGAUGAAGUUCCUGUAAAUAAUGAAAUGAGUGAAAUCCAGGAGGAGAAUGAAUCAGACAGCGGGAUGGUACUCAUCUCCAGCAAGAGGAGAAGCCUAAAGCACUUGGAAAGGCCCUUAAGCAUAAUGGCUUUAGCAAUGAAAGCUGUGAACAAGGGCAAGGAGUCGAUGUUAACAGACCUUGAGAAAGAGACGAUCAAAUACCAGCAAGCCAUUGCAUGCCUGGAGGCAACUCUGGAUUUCAGCCUUGAUGAGGAUUCAAUUCUUCUCCCAAUGGACUCCAGUCUUGAGUGUCAUAGUCCUCCACCUGACUACAACUAUGUGGUGCGCUAUUCAACACCUCCAGUAUAAUGUCUAUCUGCUGCACUGAAGUUGAUAAAUCAUUUUUAAACUCAUGUAUGCAAAAGCAAUCAUUUGUUUUAGGACUUUAAAUGACAAUUCAGUUUAGUGUCCUUUAGUAUUUAAAGAUUAGAUUUUAAUUCAAAUAUAAAAUAUAUUCUUACUCCCAGAAAAGUAAUGUCAAAACAUAUGUAGUGUUACACAAUAGUCAUUGAAAUCCAGUCCUUAUUCAGUUUAGGAAUCACUAAGAGCAUCCUAUCCAACAAUUAACAAAAUGGGCAAACUGUUAUCCUAAAGCAAAAUGUUACAAUAAAUUCACUGUAAACUGCUGGAUCUUGUAAGAAACAUGCUGAAUAUACAUUUAGUUACUAAAAUGUUACUGCAAGAAUCACAGAUAGGAAAUGGCUCAGGUAUUUGCUUAUUAACAGGCCCCAUAUGUUGUACUGUGAAAGGGUAAAUGGGAAUUUGGGGGAAAACUUUACCAGCAUUUAUUUCCAUAUGCAGUAGGAUGUGUCUCUAUGUUUGACUGAAAAUUGUUUGCUUGGUUGUAAAAGUCAGUGUUUAAAGAUUUAAUGUGAAUAUUGAUAACAUUUCAAAGAAAAAAAAUAUUACAUUUGCACUCUUAUUAUAUAUAUAUAUAUCUUUAUAGAUAUUUUUAUAAACUAACUGGAAUAUUUGUUUUCAUGUAUAAAAUCAAUUUAUAUUACAAUAAAAAUGUGUAAGAAGGAAUUCAAAGUUUAAAAUGUGUUUAAAUGCCAAUGUUGCCAAAAAUGCCCAAAAAAGGGUUUUAACAAUUAACCCAUUAAAUUAAACAGGCUUUAUUUAAUAUUUUAAAGCUUGUUACUUAUGUGCACCAUAUGCAAUCCUUCCAGUUAUAUAUAGUUUUAAUCAGUGUAAUUCUGAUCUGGCAUUACACUAUAAAGAAAAACAGAUCAAAUAACAAUGCGUUGGUUGGAUAAAGUCAUUCAGAUGAAAACUUGUUGGUCAGCAAACUGACCACAUUUUUGAGAACAGACAAAUAGCACAAGAGUUAGCGUAAUCUGUUCACUUUCCAGUAAAGUGAAAAUAACAUGACACAGUAUUAACCAUUUUUCAUUCUAAGGCCUGCUGCUCUUUGAAACCUUUAUGCCAAAAAUAUCUUUAUAUGACAUAUAUUUUUGUUAAUUAUAAGAUGAAAAACUCUUGACAUUGCUAUGCCUGUGCUAAUGUUUUUCUUUUUUUUUUUUUUGUUUAUAUUAAAGAGAGAUUUGUCUUGUUGACAUUCUAUGGCUUAUCUAAUACUGUUUUAUUUCAUGCCCGGUUCUUAAAGAAAUGAAUCAUUGGAAGCAUGUUUGAUUCAUGACUGCCCAGUGUUGGUGGCCCUGUGUCACUGGCAACCUCCCUCUACUGCUUACGUUGUGAAUGUGUGUUAUGCACAGCUUGUUGCGUAUGAUCCGCAUCUGUCAAUGUGACAGUCAACAAAUAUCCCAAGUACAGCCUUGUGGUUGUAUAUUUUUCAAAAUUUUGACUCACGGAUACCAGAUGUAGGGUUAGAAUUGCUUUCUCUAGUUCAAAAUAGACUAAUCUGUAACAGGUAGUGUGCGUUACCUCAGCAGAGCUCCAGAAAAAGCACUGAGAUGUUGAAAGCCCUUGCAGUUUGGACUCAUCUCUGCAAAGAGAGUACAUGCAGUAAACACCUCCACAAAUGCAUGCUCAAUAUCACACUUUUCUCUAUUAUGUAUUGUAAGCUGACUUCAGCAAUAUUUCAAAUACUGUACAAGACAGACCAAAGCCUUUCUUUUGCCAAAAAUGUACCAAAAUGUGCAAUUGUCUAAUUUAUGUUAUUUUUAGAAUUGCUUUGAUUUACUUUGACCUAACAUUUUAGAAAUAUAGCCAAGCAUGUCUUGCAACAAAUCUCUGCUAUAAAUCUGAAUUGUUUCCAGUGAAUUCCUCAUUGACAGCAAUGAAUCACCACAUUCACCUGUUUCUCCCUACAAAUGUAUACUGGCCAGGAGGAACAGAUAAAUUUAUUGUAAAAUAAGAUUUGAUUAAAUGAAUUCCAGAUUUAUUUUUUUCAAAUUCAUAUUGUCCAUUCAAGAACCUUUUCCUUGCGUUAUUGGAGAUAUGAUAGACAUGUUGCUCCAGCAGACCGCCGUGACCCUGUAAUUAGGAUAUAGCGGGUUGGAUAAUGGAUGGAUGUUGUGAUGAAGCUGAAUGGUCUUAUUACUUCUGAAAUUACCAUCUGUGCAGAGUUCUACACGGUUUCAAUUUGUUCAGAUAUUCCAGUUUCCUCCCACAUCUAUGUAGCUUUUUAAAAACUUUCCUCUCCCAUCAUUCUCCUUCAAUUCCAGUGGCUUAACCCUUUGCCUACAGAGGUGUCACAGAUAGGCCUGUAUUUACUACACCUGGCUUGUCAUUGGUCAUUCUCUGACCUAUAACUUGACAGAGGAAGAGGCAGAAGGGACUAGCUGGGGAGGAGGAGAGGGUGGUCAUUUUAAGCCUAUAGGUUAAUACUGUAUGUCUAUAUUGUAUUGUUUCUUUUGUGUUCAAAUUGUCAUAUAAUGAUAAAAAAUUAAUAAACAAUUGAGGUGAAAAAGGAGUUGAAUGAGUUCGUAAUGGAUAAGCAUCCAUUUGAUUAUUUUCUUGUGCCUGAUGAGGCUGUAGAUACAUUGUGGCUCCUGUAUGAGAAUAAUCAGGUGCUGAAAAUAAAUGACUGCUACAGAAAAAUCACACACACUCACCCAUCCUUUAAAACGCAGAGUAGGAUUAGGUGAAGUGUUCCAUACAGUCUACUCUAAAUUUAGCUACAUUUCAAUCCAUUAAAUUCUACAUUUUCACUUCCUUUUUAAGACAGCAUAUUUUUUUCUGUUUUUUCUUUAACUUUAUACUAACAGCAUGAUGCUUUUUUUGUCCUUGUUGUAACCUGGGUGGCAGUGAAGAAUGCGGAGGUCUACAUAACUGAAGCAACCCUGGCGAAGAUAGUAUUUAUUUGUUCAAGAAAAUACAAGAAUAGUCAUGUUUGCCAGGCAAUUUAAUUCACGUUGUUGACUCAGCUGCUUGGGGCGGACUUUCUCUUUAUACUGUAGCUCACAAAAUCCAAAAAAUAAUAUUUUACUAUCUGCUUCUGGACUAAAGCUUCAUUGCGGCCCUCUGUCAGUGUUCUCUUGUGCCUUCUUCAUGUACAUCCUUCAUUUCCCAAUGGACUUUGAUGACUUUUUCUUAUAUUUCCACUACAGGAAACACUCUUCGUUCAUACCCAGUCUGGGGUCUUUUGAGAUGCUUCCCUAUCAUGCUAAGGUCACCCCCUCUUGACUUUACAUUUGCCUCUCCACUAGUGUGUUGAUCUCAUUAACAUGUACACUAAUAUAGGGUGGUCCAGAUCUAACUAUGCAAGUAUUGCACUGCAUUGCAUUAAAAGUUGCAUAGUUAGAUCUGGACCACCCUGUACCUGUCUUGAUAAGCAGCCUAUAGCAAGUUAUGAGGGACUUCCAGGAGAUGUCCUUUGACAAAGCUCUUUAUUUAUUUUUUUGUAAAUAAAACAUUUUCUAGAAUAAAUGUUGACACUCCAUCAUUUAGUGGAUUCAGGUAAUGGGUGGAUAAUAGCAAGUUACUCAAAAGAUUUAUUCAUCUCUUCAUGUCUGAAUAUAAGUUAUCCAGUUGUAUAGGCCUAAAGAAUAUCCUGUCAACACGCACUGUCUACAAAGCAGGGACCAACCUUGAGAGGGGUGGCAGUCCCACAUAAGACCCCCACACUAUGUCACAGUUUAGAUCUGGCAAUUGACCCAAUGUGCAUGUCUCUGAGAUGGGAAAUGGCGAAAUAAUGCAAGCUGCAGGCAGACGGCAGCCAGGCUGGAUUUCAAAACCUAGUGGAGUGAGGCCACAGUACUAAUUGCUGCACCACAAUGCUUGCCAUGUUUUACUUCUGCGUUUACUACACUAAGGUUAACUCAGCACAACUGUAUCACUAUAACAUGAAAGCAUAACAUUUACUUAUCAAAUUUAAUAAUCGUUAAUUUUCCAAACCAGCUCACUAAUGCUUUCAUGUUAAAUUUUAAAACAAAUGCAGCAGCCUUUACUAACCUUACUGUUUUUGCAUUCAGAUAAACCAAAUUAAAAUAUGUUAGAAUAACAAGAUCAUUGUAAGGCUUUGCAUUCACAUUUUUCCUUGCUAAUAAAUAACAUUUUAUUAAAAAUCAAAAGAAAAAAAUUUAUUUUAAUUUUUUUUAUAUAUAUUCUGCCAGAUUUUAUUGCUGUUUUGUUUAUUAAACAGUUGUCUUCUGAUCAACAACGUAUUUAUCUUGUGUCUUAAGUAAAUGAAAAAGCUGAGGGUCACAAACAAACAGUUUUAAACUGGCUUUAGGUGAUCCUGAUUUCCAAAAUGAAAGCAAAUGAUGUGCUCCAGUGAAUAUGUUCUUUUCCUGAGAAAUCAUUUCAUUUUAACCUUUAACGUAGACACAAAUAAGUGUAUUGUGUUAAUGAAAGUAUUGAUUACUAGCAGUUCAUCUUUAUAAGUUGUACUCAUGCUUGCUGGGCAGGCUUUUGAAUUAAAAUGCAAAAUUUGAUUUGAGUAAUAAUGUUAAGUUCAAAUUUUGUUAUGUAUAAUUGUCAAACAAAUUUAUAUCUUUUCUCAUGAGAAAACCAAUUUUAGGAAUGGUGUAUACAAAUCAAUGACGCAGUUUCGACAGGUAUAACAGGGCAGGUCUCAUUAACAUUACUUUUUGGCAUCCAGAGUUGGUUUGUGCCUAAUACCAGGUGCUGCCAGGACAGGCUCUAGUACCUGACAUGAUUUCUUAAAUGGGUGGAUGGAUGGAUAAAUGGACACAUUAACGAUAGCCCCAAUCCAUCAGGAAUAUUAUUUCUAGAUAUUAUGUCACAGUUUAGUGAAUAAGUAAGCAGGAAAGAGUAAGGUGAAUAUUGAAAGUGUAAGAAAACGGUAGAAAAUCAGAUGGAUAACAAGAUAGGGUUUAUACAUUCAAAAAAAAAAAAAAAGAAAGCCAGAAAUAUGUUAAUUGAAAUGUACUCUUUUAUGUGUGGAGUUAGGGGUCAUCUACAUAGCUAAGGUGGACAGCAUAUCAUUGACAGACCCUCCUUCUCACAGAAUGCCUCAAGCAGUACCAGUCAAACUGCAGGUGAUGUCAGCUUGGCCGGAGUGCUCCACUGCCAGACUUGAAACAUUCGGAAAGAAUAGGUGGGCAAAAUGUAAACCAAACUAAGAAUUGGAAGUAAUUUUACAAUGGCUUUUGUCUACUGAAUGAUCUCCUCCUUGAAAGAAAGUAGGUAACAUAAUAAAUGCAAACUCUUGCAAGUCCAAAGCAAUUCUUUUUUAUCUUCGUUUGUUAUCUCAUUAACAGUAAACCAGCUGUAAACUGCAACGUACUGUGACACCUUAAGAAUGUUAUUGAUUGUGCACUGAUACUGUCUGUCCCCCAUUUGUAGCCACUUUGUAUAUGUAUUAACCUGGACAAUUUAUAAUAAAGAGUUAUAUAUUUACA